GAACGGACAAUUAUCUCUCACAGCUUAAGAAAAUAAUCAAGGAAGAGGGAAGACCACAAUUUGAUAAUAUUGCAUCAUACGAGCUUAUCUUAUGGCAUGUCAAUGUCGAUAUCAGUGCAAUUAAUGCUAUUAAUGAUAUGUUAAGUGACGAAAAUAAAUUGAUAACAUCGACAAAUACGAUUGGAGAAACUUUUUUCAAUAUCGAAGGAAGAAACAUCCGUGUUGUUAUCGGCAUUCCUGUUGUCGAACAAGCUGUUGCUGCCGAAUCAUCUAAGCGACAAUAUUCGGUUAACAACUAUGAAGAAGAACAGCGUAGAAGCGUGAAGAAAAUCCGGAAAUAUCCUUCCCCAUCUUCUUUUGCUCAUAUUAAUUAUUUGCAUGAAUAUCAAAACUAUGAACAAGAAUUUCUUAUUUACCGCCCUUCUGGUUGUAUCUGCAUACCGUUGAUGUUAUACAAUUCUGCUUUUUUUCGUUUUAAGAGAUACUUUGACGACAAAGAUCUACCUAUGGAUAAAGACCAUUAUCAAUGGACCAUAAAUUGCAUUAAAACCAUGGCAAAUCUUUAUCCGGAUGAAAAAUUUCGUCAGCGAGAGUUUCAUGAAAGAAUUCGAGAAUUAUUUAACAAAGAUGUAAAAAUACUCCAACUUGAAGAUAAAACUUCAAACGAUGGAGUAUUAGAAUUAUAUAUACAUUCGAUCAAUAUAUUAUACCUUCUUAUUAAGAUUACAAAUGAAAUUGGCACAGGGAAAUGUGAUCCAACUAUUCAGGCAGCUGCCUUCUAUGCAAAGUUUUAUGCCCAAAAUAAAUACGAAAAAAUACUCAAAGGAUGCAAUGUGCCAUGCUUUAUUAUAGUCUUGGCUGGGCCUUGGAUAUGCGUAUUGGGGGCCGUUUAUGUUGAAAAGCCACUUAUCGAACCUCUAACAAGCUUUGAACCUCUUAUCCUCACUAAUGAUCGAAUACACUUGGAAAAAAUAGCACGGCUCUUCAUGGCUUUGCGCUUGGGAUGUGAUAAUCUGAUGAAAUAUUAUGAAUCAUUAUCAGAUUCCAUAUUAAACGUUGUAGACUAUCAACGGUUUUUCCCCUACAUUCGCACUGCUAACAAUGUUGGAGAUUUUGUCUACAAAGAGAAACUUUUUAAUGAUCCACACAAACUCCUUUGGAAGGCUGAGACGAAAAGAGGUCAGACGAUUAUUGUUAAGUUUUCGCAUAAGUACAAUGCAUAUGCGCACGAAGUGUGCCAUGAAAUUGGAAAAGCACCAGAAUUAUUUUUUGUUUCAAACAUGGAUAAUGGAUUUUGUAUGAUAAUUAUGGGAUAUAUUGAAGGGCAGAAACUACGCGAUUGUGAUGACUUGAGUUUUUCUGAAUACAAAAAAAUUAUUAAUGAUAUUGAAAUUGCUAUCUCACAUCUACAUUCUAAAAAUAUUGUUUUUGCAGACCUUCGAGAUUCUAACAUCUUGGUUAUUAAAGAUGAUAAAAUAUAUCACGGGAUGCUGAUAGAUUUUGAUUGGGCCG